AUGGCCGGGGACAGCGAGCAGACCCUGCAGAAUCACCAGCAGCCCAACGGCGGCGAGCCCUUUCUGAUCGGCGUCAGCGGCGGCACGGCCAGCGGCAAGUCUUCUGUGUGUGCUAAGAUUGUGCAGCUUCUGGGACAGAAUGAGGUGGACUAUCACCAGAAGCAGGUUGUCAUCCUGAGCCAGGAUAGCUUCUACCGUGUUCUCACCUCAGAGCAGAAGGCCAAAGCCCUGAAGGGCCAGUUCAACUUUGAUCACCCGGAUGCCUUUGACAAUGAACUCAUCUUCAAAACACUCAAAGAAAUCACUGAAGGGAAAACAGUCCAGAUCCCUGUGUAUGACUUUGUCUCCCACUCCCGGAAGGAGGAGACAGUUACUGUCUAUCCCGCAGACGUGGUGCUCUUUGAAGGGAUCCUGGCCUUCUACUCCCAGGAGGUACGAGACCUGUUUCAGAUGAAGCUUUUUGUGGAUACAGACGCGGACACCCGGCUCUCCCGCAGAGUGUUAAGGGACAUCAGCGAAAGAGGGAGGGACCUGGAACAGAUUUUAUCUCAGUACAUUACGUUCGUCAAGCCUGCCUUUGAGGAAUUCUGCUUGCCAACAAAGAAAUACGCUGAUGUGAUAAUUCCUAGAGGUGCAGAUAAUCUAGUGGCCAUCAACCUCAUUGUGCAGCACAUCCAGGACAUCUUGAAUGGAGGGCUCUCCAAACGGCAGACCAACGGCUAUCUCAAUGGCUACACCCCUUCACGCAAGAGGCAGGCGUCGGAGUCCAGCAGCCGGCCGCAUUGACCCUUGUCUCCUUCAGACCCCAGCCCCUAACUCCAAGAGACAGAGGAGGGGUCAGGAGGCCCUGUUCAUCUGUACAUAAUGUUUCCUAUGACAUUACUGUAUUUAAGAAAACACCAUGAAGAUGAAAUGCCUUUUUUUUUUUUCUUUUUGUACUUUGAAACAGCAAAAUGAAACAGAACUUGACCCCGAGCUUACAUGACAGACUGUGCCAACUACUACUGGUGAUGCCUAAUUAUGAAUCCAAUGUGUAUCCAGUUAUAAAUACAUACAUACAUACAUAUAUAUAUAUAUACAUAUAUAUAUAUAAAGGAUCUAUUUUUGCGUAAAUGUACAAAAACUGUAAAGCUGUUUGCCGUAAGUAUUUUGCAGGAGGGCCUGUACUUGAGUGUUUUGUGACUGGAGCUGGAGUUUCACCAAGGGGAAAUUGCCUGUUGUGUUUGAGGUGGGGCAGGCUCAGGCAUCUGUGGGGGACGGAGUGCAGGACGGUGGCUACUGUCCCAUUGCUCUGAGUACCUGUAGAGCUCAAUGGGAAUGGGAUUUGAGACCCUCGACUGCCUCCCCUGUCAGAUGCUGGAGCUUAAUCACGCGUCUCUUGUCUUUUUUUGAGUUGAGAUUAGGCAAGACCUCAACUCAAAAAUCAAACUCAGGGAAGAGGCCCACUGAGAAGAACAAGCCUUCUGCAUUUUGUUCUUGCCCUGCUCCCCAUCCCUGGCUGCUUGGCUAGCUCGGUGCCUCCUCCCUGACUCUCCUGCUUGUCUGCCUCUCCACAAAGCCAGAGCUGCCUCUUUCUCCUUCCCUGGCAGGGACUUUAUGGGAUCACUUCCUGGUAGAAAUAGAAAAGGAGGGAGUAGAGCUGUGCCUGCUCUAGUGACUGAGGAAGCGCUGGUGCCUUCUGCCUCCCAGGGAAGUAACUGGUCAGAUCCCUUGGGCUUUUCUUUCGGGGAGGAAUACAGUGUGGCCCCUCACAGGCUGGGCUUUGGUCAAGGACUUCUGGUAACUGCCAGCUGGCAGCCCCAUACAGGGUGGCAAGAGAGCUCUUGCCUGCGUAGGGGCAGUUGCUUUUAUUCACCAAAACAUGGGGGUUUGCAGUGAGACGAGUUUAACAUGCACCUUUUGUCUGGAAUUCUCUCUGGUAGCAUCCCAGCCAGGAGGACUGACUGACUUACAGUAUGGCUGAGUGCAGAUGGCGGCAGCUGAGCAUUAAGGGGUGAGGGAAAGGAAAGUAUUUUUUUAAAAGUAUUUAAAAGGAGAGUAUUUAAAUCAUGGGUACCUGAGUUGGAAUCUCAGGUUGAGAACAUGGGGUGGAGAUUUCCAGCUCUCCUAAGAGCUUCCUGUUGGUGGAAACAUCUCUGGAAAAAGGACAGAUUCCUGACCUCCUGGGUGGGAGAGUGGAGGAAGGAGGGGACUAGGCAAGACAGAGGAGUUACACAGAGAGGGCGAAGCCUCGGUUCCUAACUGCAGAAGAGCCAGAGGUUUUCAUCUCGCAGUGCUGGGGGGGCCACGCCCCUCGUUACUUCCCUGUGGCUGCCACUGUCUGGAACAUUUUGGAGAACCUUCUUCCACUGCUCUCAGAGCCUGUUUGAGCCAUUCAGGUAAAUCUGACUCCGUUACUAUCUAGUUACACCAAAUUCCCCCUCAGACUCAGCACCAUCUAGUCUGACUCCCUUUUUCUGGGCUUGAUUUGACUCUAAAUCUUUUUUGUUUUGUUGUCUCAAAAAAGUAAAAUCUCAUCCCCGACAGAGCCUUGCCACCCCUGAGACAUUCAGGAGAGUGCGCUGCAGGCUCCGAAGGGUGCUCCCAAUGACAGCAGCCAUCUGCUGGGAGCAAGGGAAGGGGCCCCCAAGGUGCCUUCUUUGAAAGCCGGUACUCACCGGGAUGGGUAAGUUCCGGAGUGUGUUUCAGGAUCAGUCUUUAUUAUCUCUGUAGUCAUACCUUGUACAGUUCUGAGAUGAAGGGUGGAUGGCAGGCCUGGGUUAGGAUCCUGAGGGCACAGGGGCCCCUGGCCUUGAUGGGGUCUUUGUGUGCUCAGGUGAAGCCCAUUCCUGUCUGGGAGAGCCUCGGCCUUUCCAUGGGCAGCAUGCUCAACUUUACUUGAAGCUCCCAGGUGCCAAACCAUUUAGUGCCUUGGCUGUCUGUUCCACUGCCUUGGAAGACGGAUUCUUCUCAUCUCUGAGCCUUUACUUACUUCACCGCUUCCUCAUCUACCUGUGGUGUUGGGACCAAGGCUCCAGUAUCUCUGAGUAGCCCACUUCUAGCUUGGAAACAGCUCCAGGGCUGCCCUGCCCCCUUGUACAGUGAUCACUGGUUCUUGGUGACUGUCUGGGGCACGGGGCAGUACCUGCUGGGUUCUGUGACACAUGCGUCUGGGGCAGGAAAGGGAUGAGGGUCUCUACUCCUCUGUGGCAACCCAGUAUUUAGCCAAUUUGUGUAUCUGAACUUUGAGCUUUCUGUAGGACAAAUCGUGGUCUUAGUUUUUUAGGAACCUCUGAAUUUCGGAUUCCAUUGGAGAGUCAGGGGUGUAAUUAUUAGACCAGAAACCAUGACAUUUGUCAUCUAGAUACUGUUUGCUGCUCAGGGAGGAGGCACAGAUGAGCAGAGUGGGGCAGUGUUGGUUCUUUGUGCAUGGAGUCCCUUGGCUUCAGAGCCACCCAGCGGUGCUUGCUUCUCUCUCCCUGCUCAGGGACGGUCUGUGCACCCAGUGUUCAGGAAACACACAUCCACGCGUGGUGCUGUGGGAAGGUCUGGCCUCACACUCCUCCACACUCAAGGGACUUCCGCUGGCCCAGGUUUCUUACUCUCAGGCAGUCUGAGACCAGUCUGAGCAGAGAGAUGGGGGUCUGUUUAAGAAGGAUGCAAGUGUUGUGACCUCAGGUGUUCUUUGAUUCAGAGUGGAUAGGAUAGACCCUUGAAGAGGCAGUGGAUUAAAGGAUGGGAUCUCUGUAGAACAGGCCAGGAGAGGAGCGGAAGGGAGGAAUCUCCAGUUCACCUUUCCUGAGAACUGACCUAAUCGUCCCCGCCCCUGAUCUUGGCUGCUCAGACUCAUGGGGCCGUCCUGGGCUGGGAAUUGGAUACUUGUCACCAUGCCCAUGUGGGGAUUGCCAGUAUCUCAUUAGGCCACUGGGUUAGGCUGGAGGCUUGCAGAGCAGUUGGGAAGCAGGAGGGGUUGAGCUGGGUUGGUUCGUAUAUGACCUCCCUGGCUGUCCUUGUGCACUUCCCUUGAUUAGCACCCUUGACCUGCACUAGCACCCAAGGGUACUGGAGGGAAGUAGCCCCUGUAGGGAAAUAUUUUCCUCUGCCCUGGAGUCACCUAUGUUCCUGUCACAGAUCCCAGGGCGUGGGCCGGCUCAGGCGAGGCUAGGGUAGGGUCUGGGGAACAGGACUGCUUCUGAGAAGGACCAGCUGGACUUGUCCUUUCCACUUUUCUCAGAGUGGAGUGAGGAAAACAUUCUUGGUUUCAGACAAAACAAGGAAGAGACAGGCUGGGAAAGGCAUGAUUGGGAUGCAUCUGGAGCUCAGAGUCCCCUUUACUCUUCUGUCUCCGGACCUUCUGCUGCCCUCCUGUGCCAGGGGACUGUAUUGCAGAUCAGCUUGUUUGCUGCUCUCAGGGGCAGUGAGUGCCUACCCCGUCCUGCCUCAGGAACAGGGUGAGUGGCUAAAUAGAGACUUAGGCUUUUUUCCCCCUCUUUAAAAUGCUCCCUCUACCCCUCCACCCCUUUUCUUUUUUACUGCUCUUCCUUUACUGUUAGUAGUUAAAAAAUGACCACAUAUUAUGUACUUUGCUGUAAAUAAAGACUGAACAAAAAAGAUCCAA